AUGGCCGCGCCGAUGAACGUUUCAGCAAGUUACUUCGACAAAAGCGUUCCAAACGUAGUUCUUCGGAGUUUGUUUAUGAAGUAUGACGUUGACGGUAGUGGAGUAUUAAAUCGUCAAGAACUACAAACAUUGUUUGAAGGCGAUCUUGGUUUCACACAUGAACAAGCAGAAGCUUAUAGUAUGAUGUUGGAUAAAGAUGGAAAUCAGGCUGUCAGCUUUGAGGAGUUAAGUCACUGGCUGGCAAGUGGAGAGAAAUUUAAAAAUAUUAAUGACAAAUGCAGGUUUCACAGGUUGAAGAAAGCUGUUGAACUAUUUAAAAAAUUUGAUGCUGACGGUAAUGGGGCAAUUGAAAAAGAUGAGUUCACCAAUCUCAUGAUCGCCAUUAAUUGUCCAAGAAAUAAAAUCCCUGAGGCAUUAAAAUCAUUGGAUAGCGAUGGAGAUGGAAAAAUAUCAUUCCCUGAGUUUCUUAACUGGCUCAACUGGUUGCCAAAUUAAUUGACAUUUCAAGAGGAAUUCAACCCAUGUUAAAAUAGAACGUCAGUAUUUAGUAACGUAAAUCAAGGAACAUCACCCACGUAUUGUAAUGCAAACGAUGUAGCAGAUCCUGCAGAAUAAUUCACCCAAUAUUUUUCAUGAUUAUUUGUGUUAUCUACAACUCAAUCUUUUUGUAUAAAUUACAAUUCAUUUCAUUGCAGUGUAUUCAAAUUCAAA